AUUAGCAUUCGCGUGGCUUCAGACGAGGAGCCUAUAAAAUCACAGCAAUUCCCUUCCCAACGAAUCUUCCCACUUGCCCUCUUCUUCUUCUUCCCACCAUUCCCAAUCCCAUCCAAAAGUUUCCAGAAACUCAUCCUCCUCCUCCUCCUCCCCCUCCCAUGGCCGACGCAAACAUGGCGUGGGCGGAGCUCCCCGAAGAGUGCGUCGCCGGCAUCCUCCACCACCUCCUUUGCCUCCCUGACCACUCCAUGUUCUCCGGUGUCUGCACAAGGUGGCGCACCAUCGCCAUGCGGCAUCUGCCGCCUAUGCAACCGUGGUUGUUCAUGCCGUCCACCAACGCGACCUCCUUCUUCUGCGUCGCCUGCGAGCGCACCCACCAGGGGCCCUGCCUGCCGGACAACGCCCGCGGCGCGCGCUUCUGCGGCGCCCACCUUGAAGGUUGGGUCGCCGCCGCCGAGAUUCCGCAUGAUGACCGCUCUGUCCCGGGGAAUCGUGCCCCCGCUCUGCUCAACCUCUGCACCGGCGAGCGCGUCCUCCUCCCGAGAUCCCUCCGCAACAACAACCCUGAUACCACCUUCAUCAACCACAUCCAAGCCGUCAUCCUCUCCUAUACCCCAUGUCAGGCUCAUCCGUACUACGCCGCCGCCAUAGUUUCCGGCAAGCCCAAUAUCAUGUUCUGGCGCCCCGGCAUGAGCGAUUGGGUGCCGCCGAUGCUGAAGUGGGACUCGGGGUUCAAAAUGUGGCAGAAGCAGCUAUCCAAGGACCCAAUCGAGGACGCCAACUACAUCUUCUUCGGCCCGCUCGGUGGGGGAUUCUAUGUCCUCAACAACAAGGAGGACCUCCUGGUGUACACCCCCAAGGCCAACGACAGGCACGGCGAGCUCACGAUGUCAUCCGUGAACAAGUACCAGCUCCGCCGAAAUCCCCGACCCACCAUGCCAGGGCCAGGGGAGGUGCUCGGCCGCUACCUCGUGGAAUCCCGCGGGCAGCUGCUCAUGGUCGUCAGGUUCGUCUCCACGGAGAAGGCCACGGUGGCGUUCGACGUCUUCAAGCUGGAGCUGAAGCCACCGUCCUGGAAGAAACUCACCUUGGACACCCUCGCAGACCGGACGAUCUUCCUCGUGCGAGGCUGCUCCUGCGCCGUCGAGAUGAGGAAAUCUAGCCAGUGCCCUCCCAACAUCUACUUCCUGGAUGACUCCGCGAGGUUCAACGGCGCAGGGAGCUCGACCUCGCAGGUGCAGCAGGUUGAGGGCCCGUUCCCCUGCGGCGACACCGGCAGAUGCUGCGAGCAGGGCAUAGUCCGCUGCCUGCCGCGAGAGCCGCCAUCAGACUCCUCGCCGUGGACUUGGUUCUAUCUGCCCCCAUACGAGGCCCUUAGUCGUAAGUGGUUUAUGGAGCAACUAAUCAAACAAGGGGAACAGCUGAGACUGCAGGAACAUCAGGAUGGGUAG